AUGGAAGAAGAACCACCAGCUAAAGUUCAAGUUUAUGUUUAUGAUUUAUCAAAGGGAUUAGCAAAACUAUAUAGUCCCAUGUUAUUAGGAUUUGAAAUUGAAGCAAUUUAUCAUACAUCAGUAGUUGUCAGAGGAGAAGAGUAUUAUUUAGAUCAAGGUAUAAAAAAAUUACCAGUAAAACAAUUUCAUGAAAAAUAUGGUUCACCUAUAGAAAUUAUAGAUAUUGGAGAAACAUAUAUAGAUGAUUCAAUAAUAUUAGAAUUUAUAAAUGAUUUAAAUAAUCAUGAAGAAAUGAAAUAUCAUGCUCAAAAUUAUGAUUUAUUUAAAAAUAAUUGUAAUCAUUUUACAAAUACAAUGUUGGAAUUUUUAUGUGAUAAAAAAUUAAAUGAUAAAAUUUUAAAUUUACCUGAAAUUGUUUUAAAAAGUCCUGCUGGUCAAAUGUUACAAAAUAUGAUACAAAAUAAUGCAUAA